AUGUCUCAAUUUUAUGGCGGUAUCAAAUCCUAUGAUGUUCACACAUACUGGAACAACAACAAUACACAGCAGAGAGAGUUUGCUUACAACUUAAGAGAAAAAGUUUUGAAAGAGUUUGCUUCUGAAAUAGAAAAUGGUGAUAUACGAGUAUACAAAUUUUGGGAUAAGCCAAUUGGACCGCAUCCAAUAAAUAUGUGGGAGCUCGAUUUCAAGAAACCAGAAAUAUUUGUUAAAGUUGUACCCUUUUUCCAGCUCAAUCAUGGAAAAUUAUCAGUAUUAAUUCAUCCACGAACUGAUCAAGGAGAUUUGAAAGAUCAUACUGAUAACGCUUUGUGGUUGGGUCACAAAGUUAGGUUAGACACAAGUACUUUAUAA